AGUUGUCCAUCAAAUACACUCGGAGAAUAAGGGAGAGGACGCCGUUGAGAAACGUAAACAAAUGGUAAACUAACUGUGACUACAAAAAUGUCGAUUGUCUUUGUGCCAAAGAAACUACGAGGAAAGGCGAAAGUCAACCAAGAGACGAUACAGAGGUUGCUGGAUGAAAACGACCAGUUAGUGAGAUGCAUCACUGAGUACAUGCAGAAAGGUCGAGCAGUGGAGUGUGUACAAUAUCAACAGAUCUUGCACCGCAAUAUCGUCUAUUUGGCAACCAUAGCUGAUGCCAGCCCUGACAACGUGCCCCUCUCCUCAAAUUCUACAUCUAAUGGAACUUUAGCCUCCACACCAACUGUGAAUGGGCAUGGACGCACAUGAUGAUGGCAGCUUUUAUCAGUGGUGCAGUUGUGUUGUACAAAAUUAUUUAAUAUAAUAAGGAAAUUUAUGUGAAGCCUAAUCUAUUGUUUUCAGUCAGGUCACUUCUUUCAGGUUCACUGGUGUUUCAGUUCAGUAAUGCUAUAUUGGAUGUAUAUUAUGUGAACAAAUCUUUGAAUUCAAACUAUAUUUUCUAUCCUCUCAAAUGAACAUUAAAACAU